AUCAAUUAAAACAGAACAAUAAUGAGAAUUUGUAUAUUGGUCAAUCUAUUAAAGACUAUAUUACUAAUUAUUAUAAUGCUAAUGAAGCUAUUUAUAUCAAUAGUAUUCAGUUAUCUCAAGAGUAUCAGGUCAUCAAUUUAUCUGACUAUAAUAUUUCAAGUCCUGUUCAAAAAUUAUUAACAAAAACAAAUAGACAGUUAUUAAAAACAAUUUGGAAUUUAGUAGCCAUUGAAAAAAGGUUUCAAGACUAUUUAGCAGAAGAAAUAGAAUAA